AGCAAUUACAUUUCAUUCAGAAAAAGUUAUUACAGUGUUUACUCCAAUUAAACUCUUUAUUUUCUUGCUACCCUUCUAUUCAUUAUUUAUGCGUUCUAUAAUUUCUUUUAUUGAUAAUUUUACUUAAUUUUUUUCUAUUAUGUGUUGUAUUACUCCUUACCGGCGUUGAUCGAACGUAUGGCGAAACUUAUGUAUCUGUGAACGACGGAAUUUUCAAAAGAAUCGACAAUAAAAAUUACAAGAUCAUAAAGAUGGCAGAUGAUGCAUCGAGGGCAAAGACAUUUAGAGGUCACGUUAGAAACGGAUAUCUAUACAGAAUUAGCAGUCAGAAGGAUAAUACAAUUUAUUAUGAGUGUAUUGAAUAUAAAAAAGGCACUUGUAAAGCACGUGGUGUUGAAAAAAAUGGCAAUUUUGAAUUAAAAGGAGAACACACUCAUACUAAAAAUGAAAAGGAAAUAAAGAAACGCAAAUUCAAACAAGAAUUAUGCCAAGCUGUUAAAACACAGGAUUUAAAUUUUAAAAAAAUUUAUGAUUCAACGCGUUUGAAAUGCAACGUACAAAAUUGUACCAGGAGUAUCGGAUGCACUCCAAUUUCUUACAUUAAUGAUGGUCAAGGAUUUCCAAUUGCAUAUGCCCUUAUGGAAAAUAAAUCCGAAUUGGCCUAUGUAUCGGUUUUAGGAGAAAUACGAAGAAUCCUUCCGGAAUUGGAAAUUACGUCAGCAAUGUCUGAUUUUGAAGUAGCAUUGCAAAAUUCAGUGUUGUACCAUUUUCCAAAUUCCCAAGUUCGAAGAUGCUACUUUCAUUUCGUGAAGGCUAUUUACCUUAAAGGAAUGAAACUUGGUUUAAGAAGAUAUUUCAUGCAGAAUGACGAAGGAAAGCACACACUGCGUCAGAUAAUGGCUCUAGCUCUUCUGCCAUAUGAAGAAAUUAAUCCAACAUAUAAUGAAUUAAAAAAUUCGAAAAGCGCCGCAUGUCGACGUAGACUAAGGGAAUUCUUUAAUUACUUCGAAAGACAAUGGCUUAGAAGAGUUAGACCAGAAGGAUUUAGCGUGUACGGUUUUCAAGAUCGAACAAAUAACGUCCUUGAAUCGUACCAUAAAACAUUGUUGACAGUUUUCGGUAAAAAACCUAGCAUUUGGAAUUUUACAAAAAAACUAGGAGAAUUCCAACAGGGAUUAUUGUUAGACUUUGCGUCUUUGUCGAAAGGCAAUAGGGUUACUAGACCGCAAAAGAAAAUAAUCCUUAUGAGGAACGAAUAUAUAAUUCAUCAAUGGCGAAAUCUGCAACAGGACAACAGACCAACUGCACUAGAAUUCCUCGAGAAUAUAAUCAAUUUUAAUACAGAUCCAUUCAAUGAAUAUGUGGCAAUAUUCGAAUUAUAAAAACCAGGGUGGCCAUUUUUUUCAUAAAAAAAAUUCACAAUUUUUUCCCGGCUAUAUUUUGGCUAGUUUUUUAAGGGCUUUUUAUAAGCGGUUUAAACAAUUUUAUAAAUAGUAUAUUUACUAUAUUUGUGAGUGUCAUUAUUGUCUAUAAAAAUCCGACCGAAUCUAUUAUCAGCUUACAUAAGAGGACAGCGGAAUAUUUACUUAUUAUAAUCUAUCUAUUAUAGUAUUGCAUUCACCGUAAUAGGAUCUUGCUCCUUUACUUGAUAUUUUAAUAUGAUUUUUAGUUAUUCUUAUUCUAAAACGAUUU